CUCAGACACUACAGCAGCAAUGACUUCAUCAUCCAUUUCUUUUUUCUUCUUUCUGGUACUUUGUGAGAGGGCUGCAUGCGCAACAAAACAAUAUGUUUAUGUUAAUCAAUACAUGAGCUGGCAGGAUGCUCAGAACUACUGCAGGCAAAAUCACAAGGACCUGGCAACCGUUUCUACUGUUGAUGAAAACUCAAGAAGUCUAAAACUCGCAGGAACAAGCUCAUCUCCAUGCUGGAUCGGGCUGAAGAGGAGUGCAUCUGACCCAAACACGUGGCAAUGGUCUGAUGGAGAGCGACUGUCUUUAUUUAACUGGAAUAUCGUUGAUGCACUCGGCACAGAUUGUGUUCAAUUAGAUAUAAUAUAUGGCUGGAGUAGAGCUGACUGUACCAUCAAGUACCCUUUCAUAUGUUAUAGAAACAUCAUCUUAGUAAAGGAAAAUAAGACCUGGGAGGAUGCUCUACAGCACUGCAGGAUUCACUACACUGACCUGGCCCUAGCAUAUACUCUAAAAAAUCCAGUCCUGCUGGAAAAUGAGGCAGUUGGCACACAAACUGUUAAUGUAUGGACAGGCCUGCGCUUCCUGGAUGGAAAAUGGUUCUGGGUGAACAUGCAGCCUGUGGACAGCCCAGAUGCACUGCCCUCAUGUCCAGCCAAAAACUACCGCUGUGGAGCUCGCAACAUUAAGACACAUGUCUGGGAGAACAGAGACUGCAAUGAGAAGUUUAAUUUCCUCUGCAUUUUUGGAGGUGCCCAUCUGUAGGACAGCAUCCUUCAGGAAGAAUUCAUACAAGACACGGAACACUUUAUUCAGAGCUGCUGUGGAUAUGUAGAAUGUGUGUCAUUCAUAUUUAGAUAGAUUUUUGUUCUCAUAAAAUACAUACAUUAGGCAUUGGCAUAA